AGACGGGUGACUGGAGGCCCGGACUUCUCAUUCUGAGGAGGGGGCUGGGGGCUGGGAAUCCUGCGUCUGGAGAAAUUAUGAUCAGAUCUCUAGAGAGUCAAGUCCAAUUCCCGGGCCUUUGCUUUCUUGAAUGGUAAUUGUCAGACCGCUCGGGCCAGGCUGGGGGUUGGUGGGGAGAAGCCUCGGGUCGAGGGAAACCGCCUCAGGUCUGCAGGAGAGGGAGGCUUUUGCUACUAGCCGGCUCUGCCUCGGCCUCUGUGGAAGAGAGUUUCCCUUCCACUUCUGCUUUCUCCGUUCCCGCCCUCGGGAGAGGCGGUACGUUCCCUUCUGGAAAGCAGCAGUCAGGUGCCGGACGCUAGGAUUCCCUCAGAAGGAGAGACUGGGAGCCGGGACUCUCGAGUUUGCGGGUGGAUGGGGCGGACAGGGGAUCGGUGGCCCCUGGUGGGCGCGGGGACACUUUCCCGCCAGAGGCUCUCACGCCGGGACUCAGAGCCGGAGGAGGCUUUGCACCCGCCCAUGGAGAAGCCAGGUUAACAGGUUCUGCAUCCCCGCGGGAGGACGCGACAGGGGGCGGAAGCCGCUGGGGCGUGGCCGGACUCGGCGCAUCCAGGUACACUGGGCGGAUGGAGAACCUAGAAACUGGAGGGGAAGAGGUCGAAGCGCCGGGUCCAGCGUUGCAGCUGGGCGCUAGAUCUCCGUGUCCACGGAAGGAUGGGCUGCUAGGAGGCCAGGAAACAAGAUCCCCCAUCCAGGCCUGGACCUCCAGCCUCUCAUGUUCUACUUGGCCUGUUGCUUCCUGCCACCUCCGUGGUGCACUCCGCCCGUCACACACAGGUUCACUGAGAAAGGAGUUGGGGCAAUGCUGUCCAACGUCAGUGGACCUUGCUGCCUGGGAGAGUGAAAUUCCAAGAUGUGAGGACAAGGUGCCAUGUGGGCACCCAGGGUCCGUCACCUCUGUCUGACCUUCCUGCUAGCCUGUGUUUUUGCCUCAGUCUUCUUCCUCCACAUCCACCGAGACCUCUUUCACAAUGGCUUAGGCCUGUCUGCCCUAUGUCCCGACCGUAACCCAGUGACAUCCCCUGUGGCCGUCAUCUGCCUGUCGGACACACCCAUAAACCCCAAGGCCUCUUUUUCCUGUCCCAAGCAUCCUGCUUCCCUCUCAGGAACCUGGACUAUCUACCCAAAUGGCCGGCUUGGGAACCAGAUGGGACAGUACGCCACGCUGCUGGCCCUGGCCCAGCUCAACGGCCGCCAGGCCUUCAUCCAGCCUGCCAUGCACGCCACCCUGGCCCCCGUGUUCCGCAUCACCCUGCCCGUGCUGGCGCCUGAGGUGAAUGGCCGCACUCCUUGGCGGGAGCUGGAGCUUCACGACUGGAUGUCGGAGGAGUACGCCCAAUUGAAGGAGCCCUGGCUGAGGCUCACCGGUUUCCCCUGUUCCUGGACUUUCUUCCAUCAUCUCCGGGAACAGAUCCGCAGCGAGUUCACCCUGCACGACCACCUUCGGCGAGAGGCCCAGAGUUUACUGAAUCAGUUCCGGCUCAGCCGCACGGGGGACCGCCCGAGCACCUUCGUGGGUGUCCACGUGCGCCGUGGGGACUACCUGCAGGUGAUGCCCUAUCAAUGGAAGGGUGUAGUGGGUGAUCGCGCUUACCUCCAGCAGGCUAUGGACUGGUUCCGGGCCCGGCAUGAAGCCCCGAUCUUUGUGGUCACCAGCAACGGCAUGGAGUGGUGCCGGGAAAACAUCGACACCUCCCGGGGGGAUGUGAUCUUCGCUGGCGAUGGGCAAGAGCGUACCCCCGGCAAGGACUUCGCGCUGCUCACACAGUGCAACCACACCAUCAUGACCAUUGGCACCUUCGGCUUCUGGGCCGCCUACCUGGCUGGUGGAAACACCAUCUACCUGGCCAACUUUACCCUGCCUAACUCCAACUUCCUAAAUAUCUUUAAACCCGAGGCCGCCUUCCUGCCUGAGUGGGUGGGCAUUAAUGCAGACUUGGCUCCGCUCCAGAUGUUGGCUGAGCAUUGAGCAGCAAGGAGACUUUCUGAAAUAGUCUGAUCAACCUAGGACCAGUGUUAUGUAUCUCUGGAAGCCCAGAAGCUUCUGGAGAAGCUGGUGGUCCUGCAGCUGGUGGACACCCAUUUCUAGAGUGAUUCUAGUUGGCUAGACUUGGAGAAAAAGGGGGGGCUGGCUUUCUGCAACUGCCAGAACAUUCUAGAAUCAAUGGAAGAUCUUUUCAUGAUGGCUGGCAAUGUCUGCAGAAGCUCAUGACACUUCUAGAAUGCACAGUGCCCACCUGUUCUUCCCAGCCCAUAUCCAGAGUACUUCUAGAUCACUGCCCCACCAGGAACAGGGAACUCCCUGUUCCAGCAUUGACCAUCCUGGUCUUUUUGAGAAGAGAUAUUUCUCUUCCCUGGGUCAUCAGGACAGAAGGAACUCAUGGGUGUGCUACCGCAAGCACUCACCAACACCCCUUCUGUGUUUCUGGAAUGAUUCUAGAGGAGGGAUUUUUUUCUGGAGAGGAUCAGCUCUAAUGCCUGUAAAGAACCCUGUGGGGACCUUCCAGAGGGGUUGGGAUUCUGGAAUUCCAGAUUACCUCUGCAAAGAAACUAACAAAGGUAAAACCAGCAGCCCAACACCUCACCACUGCUAGAAAGGUUGAUGGAUGACAAACUCUCUGUAGCUGGGGCAGUUUGUGUGAAAAGUGGAACUUUACCCAACAUUUCAGCCCUUGAAAAACCACAAAUAUGGUAAAACAUGGGAGGGGUGGGGGAAGGGAUGCUGCUGAAUGCUGCAGCUUAUGGAGAAAGGCUCUGCAGAGAUCUAGGGACACCUUUUUUUUUUUUAAGCUCAAAACUACCAAAGGUAGACAUGCAAAUCUUGGCUCCAAGUUCAUGUUGCUUUACCCAAUUAAGGAAGUUUCCUCCUCUGCAGCUGGGCUGCUGGGGAGUGAUGGUGUAACAGGGAAGAACAAAAUCUGAUUCCAUGUUGGAUCUGUUUCUUUUAUGUUAACUUUUGUUUUCCCUUGUUUUUGUUACUAUAAUCACUAAAAGGAUGCUAUCUAUAGCUAUAAGCAUACAUAAUGGUCUGCAUGGGGAACCCUGCCCCUCUGCCUGAAUGUUAAACCAAAGUGCCUUUGUUCAGCUCACAGGGAAACAUCCUGCCCGCCCACCCAUGAAGGACUGCAAGAAAGAAGAAAUUAACACACCCCCUCCCCGAUGCUGGCCAAGCCAGGAGAUGUUUUGCAAGAUUUAUGGCCUUUUUACUUUACUUCCUCACCUCCUCCCCCUCUCUGUUCUAUAAAAGAAACUAGCAUCCAGGCCCCAUAAGAUGGUACUCUAGGACACUAGUCUGCCCUCUUCUCUAACACCUGGCUUUCUGAAUAAAGUCACUGUUCCUUGCCUCAACACCUCAUCUCCCAAUUUAUUGGCCUGUCAUGCAGCGAGCUUGGACUCGGUAACAAUGGGGUUGAUUUACUGAAAGUCAGCUGGCGUAAGGGUGCCCUCUGGGCUUGCAGAAAGCUGCGGGUAUUGUGCCCCUGGCCAACCACUGUCUGCCCCUGAAUUCACAGAGCCUCUAAAUCUGGCUUUGGGUAAGUCAGGGAUGAAAGAAUCAUAAGGUAUGCAGACCCAAGACUGGUCUCCAACCCAGGCAGGAGCACAGGGUCUGGCCAAAGAGGAUGGGAUUCUUGACUCAGAUUUCAGGAUUCCCUUGAGGCUUUCUGAAGGAAGCGAAGGUAGACACUUUAAUUACAGAGUUGUCUGAGAAUUUAAGCCCUUUUCUAGUCUUCUCAGGGAAUUUUGGGGAACCAGUCCCUA